GGGCGUGUCCCCGCGUGCCCGCUCGUGGACGGCAGAGGCUGUCUCGCGGCAGCCCGCGGCACAAGUUUGCCGUUGUCGCGCGGCGGAGAGCUUCGGUUUCCUUUUGGAGCGUGUGGUGUGUUUCGGCGGGACGGCGUGCGUGACAGGAUCCCGCUGUGUGGGGGGUCCGAAUGUCCAGCAGCUGUUGAAGACCAAGACGCGGAUGUGGGACUUUUCUUGGACCGGCGGAGGAGGUGUGUCGAUUGGCUGAGCUGAGAGCAGGAGGAGGAGUCGGAAGGACACGGGGAAAUCAUCUGAGGUUACGCUUCCCCCCCCAUCCACCCCCCCCACGUGCGCGGCAGUCUUGCGGUGGAGCCUCUUUCGAUGUGGGGAACACCGAGGUCCUCCUCGCCAGGCUGAUACGAAGCGGGUUCCAAAUCUCCCGAUGGCCGCCUUGCUUUUCGGGCUGCUGCUCUUCACGGCGCCGUGCCCUCUCGCGCUGUCUCGGCCGCCGGGGGUCACCGAGGUGCCGACGCCGGCGGCCGCGACGGGCGACGCGGAGGGCGCGAGCCGGCGACUCCCGCAGACUAUCAUCAUCGGCGUGAGGAAGGGAGGCACGCGGGCCCUCAUCGAGAUGUUGGGCCUCCACGGUGACGUGGCGGCGGCUGAGAACGAGGUGCACUUCUUCGACUGGGAGAACCACUUUGAGAAGGGCUUCUCGUGGUACGUGAGCCAGAUGCCCUUCUCGUACCCGGGCCAGAUCACCGUGGAGAAAACCCCCGCCUACUUCACGUCCGGCAAAGUGCCCGGGAGGGUCCAUCGCAUGAACCCGCACAUCAAGCUCCUGCUCAUCCUGCGCGACCCCACGGAGCGGGUGCUCUCGGACUACACCCAGGUGUUCUACAACCGCCUUCAGAGGCGCAAGCAGUUGCAGCCCAUCGAGUCGGUUCUGCUGAGGGACGGCGAGAUCAACCUGGACUACAAGGCUGUGAACCGGAGCCUGUACUACGUGCACAUGCAGAACUGGCUCCGCUUCUUCCCCCCGGAGCGCAUACACAUCGUGGACGGCGACCGCCUCAUCAGGGACCCCUUCCCCGAGAUGGAGCGGGUGGAGCAGUUCCUGAGCCUCUCGCCCCAGAUCAACGCCUCCAAUUUCUACUUCAACAAGACCAAGGGCUUCUACUGCCUGCGGGACCACGGGCGCGAGAGGUGCUUGCACGACUCGAAGGGGCGGGCCCAUCCGCAGGUGUCCGCAGCCCUCCGGGACAAGCUGUACCGCUUCUUUCACGAACCCAACAAGAAGUUCUUUGAGCUGGUCGGCCGAACCUUCGACUGGAACGAGAAACGCGAGCACCAUGAGUAUUAUCGCUAGACGCGUUCCCUUUGUUUGUAAACGAUGCGCUGUAAAAUAUCUCGUGUACAGUAUAAAUACGGUAUAUAAGCUAAAUAUAUUUUUUUAUGAUUUGGAAGUAAUGCAGUGCAGAAUUUUCUUCGUUUAACCUUUUAUGUGGAGCUUGUGCAUGAUGUCAUCCAUCAAGGUUUCGCUUCCUUCGCAUGAUAUGGCGGCGUAUCUUUGAAUUGACCUUGUUUUGCUUCUCGUCACCCUCCUCGGUGGCUCAGCACUUCGACCGGGAGGCAGGCAGGAAAGUUUGCGUUCUUGCCGGAAACGCAUCCGACUUUGGUGCAAUAUUAACGCGUGGGCUUCGCUCCCGCGUCACUUGGUGUUACUUGCAGUGUGUUUGUUAAACUGGAAAAAGAAACUUUCAUUAGUACAACAUUUAAUGAACAUUGUAGGAAACUAGGAGAAUUUUUUUUUUUUUUUCUUUUUUUCUAAUUUAUUUCCGGUCGGUUUCUCUUUAACUGCCAAGUGAAUGUCCAGCAUUUUCCUUUGGUUAAAUAUUCAGUAAUAUAAAAACCAGUCUUGUGAGUCUGUCUGUGCUGCUGUUUAAGUAUUUCUUGUGUGUGUCGUGUCUGGUGCUUUUCAGCAGUAAUGUAAAACCUUGUGCAAGUGUGGAAGAAAAGGGAUUCUUUUGUCGCAAGUGUUUGUCAGAUAAACAUUGCUGUCGUCAUGUUCUUUUUCACACUUAGCAUGUUUGAAUUAGUAUUAUGUAAAUGUUAACAAAUUUCAUUUUUAAAUGAAGGAUUAACA